UCCGCGGUCGCGCAUGCGCCGAUGUGGGCGCCCGCUGUUGGAGUGGAGUCGGCUUGGCUGGUGGAGCGCGGGACUGUCGGGGAGGGUUUUCGAGUGAGGCGCCGGGGGUGACAGGAUAAUGAGCGGGGGCAAGUCGAGAGAAUACCUCCUGGCCAAUGGCGGCGUGAAAGUAUCCGUCUGGAGUAAAGUGCUGAAGAGUAACGCGGCCUGGGAAGACAAGGAUGAGUUUCUGGAUGUGAUCUACUGGUUUCGACAAAUAAUUGCAAUUAUUUUAGGUGUUAUCUGGGGAGUUGUUCCACUUAAAGGAUUCUUGGGAAUAGCAAUAUUUUGUCUCAUCAAUGCUGGGCUUCUGUACCUCUACUUUAGCAGUUUUCAGCAAGUAGACGAGGAAGAGUAUGGAGGAACAUGGGAACUAACAAAAGAGGGAUUCAUGACAUCUUUUGCAUUGUUUUUGGUUGUUUGGAUAAUUUUUUACACUGCAAUCCACUUUGAUUAAUGAUUGGAAAAGGCUGUCUGAACCUGUCAAGUUUUAAAUUGCGAAAGGAGGGAAAUGAAAACACUUUUAACUGUGUUUACAUUAUAAAAACUGGCAUAGUUCAGAAUUUUUUGUGCCAUCAAAUCACGGGACCUGUGAAGAAACCUUGGGAUAUCUUGCAGCAAGCAGGAUUCCCACUGAGGCUGUUUUAAUGUCUGCAAUAAUGUACGGAACAUCCCAGGAACCUUAAAAGACAUGGAUCUCUGUUUUAAGACUGUUUUAAGAGCUACAGCAGCGUUGAAAGUCUGACGCCAACCAUGUCAAAGUGCAGCUUCCCAGUGUCAAGCCCUCUAAUGUCGGUACUCUUGUUGUUAGUAUCUGUUUUAAUUUAACAAAUGUAAAUUACUUGUAGAAUUGGAGAUGAAACAUUAAUUUUUGACUUGUACAUCUUUCAGAGUUUGUAUUUCAGACUUUAUAAUGGAAAAUGAUUGCACCUUUGGGUGGCAUUAAAGUUACAAACCAAGACUGUUUUGUACCUGCUUCAGCCAGCAUUUCAAAACUUCACUCACCUGACAAGGUUCAAUACCCGGGCCAGAUUUCAAGUUUCUCACCCUGGUUUCUAUUCAUGUCUUCCUCUUUUGAUUUUUUUUUAGUUCUAAUAUAUAUAUCUGACAAUGUGGAUAGAUAUUAGGCACUUUGCUUUUGGUGUACAGUAUUUCCAAAACUUUGAAACCACCUAUCUUUCUCUGACAGCAAAAUACAUCUGAACGUUAAUGGACAGAAAAAAGACAUUCUGGUCCGUCCAGCCUGAUUCGUAAUUGUGAUACCUUAUGCAUCACAAGACCUGCAAUCCCCAUUACAUUAAAAUAAACCGUGACUUCCUGGGAGAGGUGCAAAAUUGUAUUUUAAAACCCAGGUAAAUUUGGGGAGAGAAAGUCUAGGAAAUCCCUCUCCAACCCCUCCUACCUGAUCAAAACUAGCUCAGGAGUUCACUUUGGCCUUGAUAAUUCCUUGCAGUGCCUCCCUUUUGUAAGAGGUAAUCUCUGCCCCAGCUAGAAACAGUUCCAACUCACUUGAAGGAAUUCAGUGAAUUGGUGUCCACCAUACAAGUUGGCAGCAUGUUACAGAGCUCCACUUUUCUGUGGCAAAAGAACCCCUUCCUAACCAAGAACUGGCCCUAUACAUCUUAAAAUUGUGACCACUGGUCCUUUCCUACCUAUUUAAUUGGAACAAACUGCCAGCUCCCAAACAGUCUAUUCCCUGCAUCAUCUUAGAAACCUCAAUCAGAUUGCUUGGUAUCUGUACUUCUCUAAAGUGGAAUCUCAAUUUUUUCAGUUUCUCGUGAUAACAAAAUAUAUUUUAAUAUUUUUAACUGCAAAACUUUAUAAAUGAGACAUUGUAAUGGGACCAGUAGAUAUGGAAUAUGAGUGAUCCACUAGAUUGUAUUUUUGCUGAAGGACAGUGUAGUCGGUGCUGUACUUGCACAUAGAACUAGAGGUGAUUAAAAUGUUAUUUAAAUAAUCUUACAAGAUCAUAGCUAUAUCUCUGAAUGUUUAAAUGCUGCUUGCACCUGGGUGUUAUAGUCAGUAUUCUUAUUGCUAUGGCCCAUUUUCUUCUUACAAAAUCUGCGGGUCUGCAGACUUUUCUCCAGUGUUGCAUUCUGAUGAUGUGGCCUGUGUUUCAACUGACGACUCUGGGUUUGCUGCAAUCACUGAAACAAACUUUGCUGUAUUUUUUUUUCUCGUUUCAUUCAGUUUGAUGUACAGCUAGAAUAGUUAGCAAUGUUCAAAUGAUCUGGAGAUUUUUUUUGAAGACUGAUGGGCAAGUUGUGGGUGGAAGUCUUAAGGCAGCUGUCUCCAAUAAAUUCAGCACCCACCUGGAGCUGUCCUUGCUGUCCAGGGACUGAAAAUGUGAAGAAUGGAAGCAUUUAAUUUGGGCAAGAGAAGUGGAAAGAAUUAUGGGUUGUGCUUUGUCCAUGUUUGCCACUGACCUCUGCCAUGGUGGCACUACUGGAUGCAAUGUGCGAGAAAUUGAUGUUUCACCAUGGAUUUGAGUUUAAGCAGACUGUUGAUUGCACCUAAGUUGGAGUUUGAACCACAGCUAUGAUGGUCAUCUGAGCUGUCUUACAUUCAUUGGGUACAUUGCAGCAAUUCUGUGCGGCAUUGUGUGCAGUAGGGAGUGCCAUUUUGGGAGAAGAGGACAGCCAUAUCCUUCAAGAAGAACAUAGCUUCUGGUUCAGUGUGGUGGAACCAUGUUGAUCACUGAUGUAGAGGCCUUGCAAAGACAAGUGGGGAAAUAUUCUAUUCAAUUUAAAGACAUUCUUGCACAUUGUAUCCUGUCUUGAGCAUGAACAUAGUGUAUAUAUCAAAAUAAAAAUACAAUUUACUUUGA